CCCUCCCAGCCUCCCAGUUUCCCGGCGUGCUUCGGGCCCGCCAAAUGGGAGGGGGAGACGCAAGAUGGCGGCAGCCGCGAACUCCGGCUCCAGCCUCCCGCUGUUCGAUUGCCCGACCUGGGCAGGUAAACCCCCACCUGGUUUACAUCUGGAUGUAGUCAAAGGAGACAAACUAAUUGAGAAACUGAUUAUUGACGAGAAGAAGUAUUACUUAUUUGGGAGAAACCCUGACUUGUGUGACUUCACCAUUGACCACCAGUCUUGCUCUCGCGUCCAUGCUGCACUGGUUUACCACAAGCAUCUGAAGAGAGUUUUCCUCAUAGAUCUCAACAGUACACACGGCACUUUCUUGGGUCACAUUCGAUUGGAACCUCACAAGCCUCAACAAAUUCCCAUCGAUUCCACGGUGUCAUUCGGUGCAUCCACAAGGGCAUACACGCUACGUGAGAAGCCUCAGACUUUGCCAUCAGCUGUGAAAGGAGAUGAGAAGAUGGGUGGAGAGGAUGAUGAACUCAAGGGCUUACUGGGGCUUCCAGAGGAAGAAACCGAGCUUGAUAACCUGACAGAGUUCAACACUGCCCAUAACAAGCGGAUUUCCACCCUAACUAUUGAGGAGGGCAAUCUGGACAUUCAGAGACCAAAGAGGAAGAGGAAGAACUCCAGGGUGACUUUCAGUGAAGAUGAUGAGAUCAUCAACCCAGAGGAUGUGGAUCCCUCAGUUGGUCGCUUCCGGAACAUGGUGCAAACUGCAGUGGUCCCAGUCAAGAAGAAGCGGAUGGAGGGCCCUGGCUCUCUGGGCCUGGAGGAGACAGGAAGCAGGCGCAUGCAGAACUUUGCCUUCACUGGAGGACUGUACGGGGGCCUGCCCCCCACACACAAUGAAGCAGGCUCCCAGCCUCACGGCAUCCAUGGGACAGCGCUCAUCGGUGGUUUGCCCAUGCCAUACCCAAACCUUGCCCCUGAUGUGGACUUGACUCCUGUUGUACCAUCAGCAGUGAACAUGAACCCAACACCAAACCCUGCAGUCUAUAACCCUGAAGCCGUAAAUGAACCUAAGAAGAAGAAAUAUGCAAAAGAGGCUUGGCCGGGCAAGAAGCCCACACCUUCCUUAUUGAUUUGAUAUUUCUGGUCAUGGAGAGGGUAGGACUGGGUGGGACUGGGUGGAAGGGUGACAAGGGGAGCUAAUGAACUAGGGAGAAAACUUCCAUGUGUGCAGUCUCGUCUUUCAGAAUGUCUCCUGGGGUCCUAACCAUGUGGUACUGAGACGGGGUGGGGCUGAACUACCCCUUGACGACCAGUCUUCAGAAACCCUUCAGUGUGUAGAGAAAGGCUUCAGAGGUCCUUUCCAGUAGACUGCCCUGGCUCUCCCAGCCUUCCCAUCGCCUCCUUCCUUCUCCCUCUAGGAUCGCUUUUCAUGUGAAGUCACACACACCAGGUCAAAUCCAGGGCUGUAGAGGCGGCAGUAGCCUUGUUAAUAUUUACUACAUUGCAAGUCCUAUGCAGCGGAAGGGUUGCUGUGGAUCCCAGUUUGGUUAGCAUUCUUCAUCUGAGUCAAGGUGCAAACUCUGCAAGUCUCGGCGGUACUGAGGUCCAGUGGUUAGGCUUCCCUCCUGUCCUUUUUGUUGGAUGAGGCCAUUUUGAUUUCCCUUCAUCUGUAGCCAGUGCCAUAGGCACAGGCUUCGAGUUAAGUUGCAGUAUUGUUUGGACUUAACCUGUUUUUCUCAUCCAUCUUGAGCACUCCACUUGCCCAGUUUCUCAAUCCCAGAGUAUGUCCUCACUGCUGAGGCAUCAUCAUUCCUUUCACGAGUGUUAUAAAAGCAAUCUUUAGCCGGGCAUGGUGGUGCACGCCUUUAAUUCCAGCACUCAGGAGGCAGAUGGAGGAGGAUCGCCAUGAGUUCGAGGCCACCCUGAGACUGCAUAGUGAAUUCCAGGUCAGUCUAGGCUAGAGUGAGACCCUACCUCGAAAAAUAAGGAAAAGCAAUUUUUUAAAGGGUAUGACCAGUUAGGGCAAAUGCAGAGUAAACAGGAAGACACUAUUCUUUGCAAGGACCUGAUGUCUUUUAAGAGGACACAUUUGGGUGUUGGUUUGGAGGCUCCCCUGCCCUCGGAUGAGAGUUCUCAUUGUUCAGAGCUCAAUACUAGAGCUGGCUAGCUCAGGAGACGAAGGUAGGAACAUUGGGGUGAGCUUUGUACAGAGCUUUGUACAUUUGUGUAAUAGGCCUUUUCACGCUUUGUGUGUAGCUUUUUACCUGUACCGUUUAUUACAUUGUAAAUUAAAUGUAACUUUUGUCA